AAAAAAAAAAGGAAGAAGAAGAAGAGGAAAAUCGGAGUGUGGGAAAAGUAAAUGGGAAGCGACGACUGACUCUUCUCCCUCCUCCUUCACCACCACCUCUUCUUUAGGUUUCUGUCUUCUUAGCUCUGAAAUUUGAUCGGAACUAAGCUUUUGUGUUGCGCUUUGAUUACUUUGUGGGUUUUUGAUUUCUCGAUCAGCCCUUCGAUCUCUUACUUAUCCAGUACUCGAAGUUUAUUUCAUGUCUUCUCGCUCAUAUCCACUGGUUUUUUUGGGGCCUAUGAAGCUCUAAGGUACAUGUUGAAGAAGAUCUACAUGUGAUCUGCAAUUCAUCAUACAUAACACGUAACCCAAGAAUUUAGAAAGGAUGCUUGAGGGACCAAAGUUCGAUGUGCUCGCUGUCGGCAAUCACAACAACGACAACAAUUACUAUGCCUUUACCAAAGACUUUUAUCAAAAGCUCGGUGAAGAAGGUACAAACAUGUCCAUGGACAGUAUGCAGACAAGUAAUGCCGGAGGUUCUGUGUCCAUGUCUGUUGAUAAUAGUAGCGUUGGUUCUAGUGAUGCUCUUAUUGGCCAUCCCGGUUUGAAGCCUAUGCGCUAUGUUCCCUCUCUCUCUGUUGGGCAAAGCGUGUUUCGCCCAGGAAGAGUUACACAUGCACUUAACGAUGAUGCCUUAGCACAAGCAUUGAUGGAUAGUAGCUAUCCAACCCAGGGACUGGCGAACUACGAAGAGUGGACGAUAGAUUUGAGGAAACUUCACAUGGGUCCAGCUUUUGCGCAAGGGGCGUUUGGUAAGUUGUACAAGGGGACUUACAAUGGAGAAGAUGUAGCGAUUAAGCUCCUCGAGAGGCCAGAGAGCAGUCCGGAAAAGGCACAAGCCCUGGAACAGCAGUUUCAGCAGGAGGUUUCUAUGCUUGCGUAUUUGAAGCACCCCAACAUCGUUAGGUUUAUCGGCGCGUGUAUCAAACCAAUGGUGUGGUGCAUCGUGACUGAGUAUGCAAAAGGAGGCUCGGUCAGACAGUUUUUGACUAAGAGACAAAACCGAGCCGUGCCUUUGAAGUUGGCUGUUAAGCAGGCUUUGGAUGUUGCCAGAGGUAUGGCUUACGUCCACGAGCGCAACUUUAUACACCGGGAUCUAAAGUCAGAUAACCUCCUCAUAUCAGCUGAUCGGUCCAUCAAGAUUGCUGAUUUUGGCGUUGCAAGAAUUGAAGUUCAAACAGAAGGGAUGACACCAGAGACUGGGACUUACAGAUGGAUGGCCCCAGAGAUGAUCCAGCACAGACCCUACACCCAAAAAGUAGACGUGUAUAGUUUUGGAAUCGUGCUGUGGGAGUUGAUAACAGGUCUUUUACCGUUCCAGAACAUGACGGCGGUUCAAGCUGCGUUUGCAGUGGUUAACCGAGGAGUUCGUCCAACAGUCCCAGCGGACUGUCUCCCUGUGCUUGGCGAGAUCAUGACACGUUGCUGGGAUGCGGACCCUGAAGUUCGUCCUUGUUUUGCAGAGAUUGUCAAUCUUCUCGAGGCGGCUGAAACUGAGAUAAUGACGACUGUGAGGAAGGCGCGUUUCAGAUGCUGCAUGACGCAACCAAUGACAAUCGACUAAUCUGUCGUGAAGAAAGAGAGAGGAGAAGAAGAAGAGAAAAGAGGAGUAAACAAAAGGGGAAAGAAGCAAAGAAAAGGCUAAAAAGAGAAAAGAGAGAAAGAGAGGAAGGUAAGAAGGGCUUUAGAUAUAUGUAAGUUUGUGUGUGUAUCUAUAUAAUAUCCGAUUGUAUCUCUUUUCCCAAGAUAGGAGAAGUAACCCAACCAUUUUAGACUACUGAUUUUCUAGGUUUUUUGUAUUAAGAAAGAAAAAACAAAAUAGAUGUGCGUGAGACACUGUGACUGUCUGAAGUGUUUGGUUUAGUUUUUCCUUGAAUUGAUUUCUU